AUGCACAGUACAGUCAGUAGCCUCGCCGUGUUGGCUGCGGCCAGCUCUUUGGUGGCUGCCAUCCCACUUGACCGCCGCCAUUACCCAGGACAAGACUAUCUUGUGUCUCUUGGUCCUCGUCCAUACUACCUCGUGCACAACGUGAGCGAAGGCGCACUGAAGGACAAACUGUUAUCCUGUCAAAAUAAGCCUGUUGGAAUCCAGCCUUUUAGCAUCGGCCAUCGAGGGGGUGGCACUCUCCAGAUUCCCGAAGAGACAGUGGAAUCCACUCUUGCUGGUGCGAGAAUGGGUGCUGGCGUCUUGGAAUGCGACAUCUCUUUUACUUCAGAUCGUGGUUUGGUGUGCAGACACUCCCUCUGCGACUUACACACAACCACGGACAUCCUUCUCAGGCCGGAGCUAGCUGCGAAAUGCACCCAGCCUUUUACUCCAGCGAACGCAACCGCCGAUGCCGAUGCUCUAUGCUGUACUAGCGACAUCACCACGGCAGAGUUCCUGUCUCUUUGCGGCAAAAUGGACGGAUUCAACGCGAGUGCAACAAAUGUGGAGGAUUAUCAGCACGGCACUCCGUCCUGGAGGACAGACCUUUACAACACCUGUGGUCAGGUUCUGACAUACCCCGAUUGGAUUGACCUGGUCGAUUCAUUGCCAGGACAUCGCAGCUUCACACCCGAGCUCAAGACUCCUCCGGCGGCCGUGCCCCUUCCAUUCAAUGGGUACACCCAAGCACAAUAUGCGCGGGACGCAGUCAAAGUCAUGAUUGAGAAGAACAUCGAUCCAAGCCGAGUAUGGCUCCAAUCUUUUACCCCUGCCGACAUCUACCUUUGGCUGAACGAGUUUCCUGCAUAUGGGAAACAGGCAGUCUAUCUCGACGAGGAUGGUGACGCUCCAGGCAAUCUCACCGUUGCAGUCAACCGUCUAGGAGCACUGAAAGCUAGCGGUGUCAACAUUAUUGCUCCCCCCAUCAAUUAUCUGCUGAACAUCGGUGGCCCUAACAACGAUACCAUCAUUCCCUCCUCCUAUGCCACGACAGCCAAGGCAGUUGGCCUUGAUAUCAUUGCGUGGACAUUUGAAAGAUCAGGACCUCUCGCCAAGGUCGAGGCAACCGAGGAGUAUUAUUACUCAUCGAUUGCGCCGGUCACUCACUACGACGGACAGGCAUAUGAUGUGCUUAAUGUCUUGGCUCACGAAAUUGGUAUCAUAGGCAUGUUCUCCGACUGGUCUUCCACGGUCACCUAUUAUGCCAAUUGUUUUGAUCUGUAG